AUGGCAGCGUUCGAAGUAAUGAAAAGAAGACUUAGAGAGGAAUCCGAGAAGGCAAGUAUCAUCGAAAAAUCAUCAGCAAGGCCGACCGAAGCACAGAUGCAGCAAAAAAAUAAAGAUUGGCGGCAAAUGCCACGUCUUCGAGGAGCGGAUUACGUAAGCUGGGCCGAUUAUAUUGCACUGAAAGAGCAUCAGUGGGAACCGACUGACACAGUUGGAGAGUCACUCCUCUAUAUUCUUAAGCUCAAGGAGAUACGAGCGAAGCAUUUAGAUGAACUACGAGAGCUAGGUUACUAG